AUGUGGAAAGUGCUGCACGAAGUGUGCCUGUUUGGCAGCCUGAGCAGAUGUAAACGUACUACUUUUCAUCUGGCCGGUAGUACAUGUUCCCGUACGUUCAGUUCCAGUGGCUCAUCCGACGGUGAACCAUACAUGAGUUAUGAUAAAGAUCCCGCACCAGCGUUCAUUAGGGAUGAUGUUCAGAAGCUCCUGAAAUCAAUAACACGCCUGGAGUUGGAUAAGGUUUUUCGCAAACGUUCGGUAAAAGAUAAUACAGUGCAGUAUAAAUUCAUGACGGAUGACCAGUUGCGUCAGGAGCUGUUGCAAUCUCUAGCCCAUGCACAGGAAUUGCUUCAAAUGCCACCAGUAGUGCAAGAAAAGAAGGACAACUGUAAGGUAAUAUCUAGAGAUGGGGCAUUGAAAUCGCUUUCCUCGUCCAAAAUGGUGUUCACCGAUAUUACUUACGGGUUAAAGAAUAACCAGCGCUCAAUUGUGGUGCGCCAUCCCGACGGUACACUGCAAGAGGCUCCAUACGAGGUGAGAAAACGUUUAAAUCAGAUCUACUUCCCACUCACCGGCCGUUCUAUACACCUGCCGCCAAUGUUUGAGAAAGAGCAUUUGAGUCGUUUGCUUGAAUCGGGAAAGUAUGAGUUCGUUCUCGAUCGGACGUGCGUACAAUUUGAACCGUAUGAGCGGGAAUAUCAUCGCCUUACUGCAAGCGUAUAUCAGCAUGUUAAUGAGACUAGAUCCUUCGAUGCACUUCGUUCUACACGACAUUUCGGUCCGUUUGUGUUCUUCCUCGCCUGGCAUAAGUUAAUCGAUGAUUUAUUACUCGAUAUGAUCAAACGAGAUUACUUGCGUAAUGGUGUUGAGCUGAUGGCACUAUUUUCGACGUUGCACGAUGUUCCUCUGGAUUCUGGGGUAAAACAAGUUCUCCUUCAACCCGAAAUGCCUGCUCUAUUUGAAACAUCAGAAAAAUCUAUAGACGAUCUUAAACAAGAUGAACAAUUUCUGGGUGCGAUAGAGCAAUUUGUGAACGAACAUGGUAUCAAAAAAGUACAACUUAACCUUGCAAUACAGGCGUAUCGAGAAAUUGCAACUGAAAAACUGCAAUUAGCACAAGGCAUUCGAAGGAUGCAUGGAGACAGUUGA